AUGAAGCGGGAAUUUGUCUUUGAGGCCAAGGCAACGGAGCGACGAAUGUCGCCGGAGGAGACUGCUGCGAAGGAGCGUGACCGUCUUGUUCAACUUGAAAAGUUACAUGUGCUGCGUAUGCACAAGGCUGAUGCUGAUGACAUUGAAAACGACGACCAGGAAAGCAUAAGAGGCAGAAGGAAGAAGGUGGACGAAGAGCCGAGGAUGGAGAUGAAUAAUGAGGAAGUGGAUGAGAGCAAGGAGGAAGAAAUUGAGGCAUAA